UACAUUUUCAUGACCUUCAAAAAUGUUCAUUUAUCCGACAGUGUAUCCAUUUAUAUAUAAUUUCUGAAGAGAAGAUACGUUUGUUCAGUGACUAAUAAAAUAUCGUGAUUCCCUCAAAUUAAAAUAUUCUUAAUAGAGUUUUAGAUACAUACAUUGAAAGUCAGUUAACCAUGACUGAUAUCACCACUCAAGAUCUACAGCAAUUAGUUAUCUACUUCUCUAAGAAUACUUAUAAGGCUAAGGAUGCGGAUAGCGAAAGUCAAGCCAUUAUGCAACGAUGCCUGCUUCUUAGCGAUUUAGAUUAUACUCAUUCGAUAAUAAAUAACAGUGGGGGUGAUCUAAGUGCACAUUACCCAAGUCAUCUUAUUAUAUUAGAAUAUGAAAAAUCCAGAAAUCCCACUACAUGCGAUACACCACCACCACUGCCACGCACAACAGAGACUAUAUAUGAAAGCAUGUAUGAUCCUAUUAAACUAAAGGAAUUAAUAAAAAGCGCUAGAUUUGCUAGAUGUCGUUCAAGAUUUCCACUGCCUGUAAUACUUUACAAGGGUAGACAUGUAUGCAGAUCGGCAACAUUAUCUGGUGGACCAGAAAUUUAUGGUAGAUCGGGAUUAGACUAUUUGUUUGCAAGUAACGAAGGUGUAGUUUCUGUUCAUGAGCAAGUAGAUGAAGCAUGCGGGGGAGACUCAAGGCUUAGCGAUUGGCAACUAUUUGACAAAGUUAGACAUCAAGACAUAAAACUUUUGAAGACUCUUAAUGUAGGAACCAUCAUCGAUUUAAUGGUAGAAAAGAAGAAAGUCAAAUUUGGAAUGAACGUAACUUCUUCAGAGAAGGUAGACAAAGAGAAGAGGUAUGCUGAUUUCGCCCUUAUUUCCUUGCCAUAUCCUGGGUGUGAGUUCUUCAAAGAAUUUCGAGAGAAUGAUUAUUGCGCCAAGGGUUUAGUGUUUGAUUGGUCUCAGACUUACGUGGAUGCACAAAUUGGUAUACCUGAAGAUUCAAUUUCUUGUCAGUUUCGAAUAAAUUGGGAACAAUAUCAAGUUUGGGAUCUUAUAAAACUAACUCAAAAUUAUUUAAAACUUAUUUUGAGGUAUUUGAGCGAUAGUAGUAGUGGAAUGCUGAUACAUUGUAUUUCAGGCUGGGAUAGAACUCCUUUAUAUAUCUCAUUAUUGAGAAUUAGUUUAUGGGCCGAUGGUGCUAUACACACAUCGUUGGAUGCGUACCAAAUUCUUUAUUAUACAAUAGCAUAUGAUUGGAUGCUUUUUGGACAUGAUUUGCAAGAUAGAUUAAGUAAAGGAGAAGAAAUCUUUUUUUUCUGUUUCUUUUUUCUGAAGUAUAUUCAUGAUGAAGAUUUCAGUAUCAAUCGUCAUAACCGUUCUAAGCAUCCUGUUUUACGUAAUGACAGUGAUUCACAGUUGGAUAAUGUAAUGUUUGAUAAUGAAUCUAUCGUAACUCUCAGUUCAGUUAGUUCCAACUUAAGUCUGAAUAGUUGGUGUAGUUCUGUUAGUCAGAAUAGUAGGGAUAGUCAGGAUAAUAAUCCACCAGCUGUGUUUCAAUGUGCCUCUGGAGACAACAGUCAGGAAGAAUAUCAUAGUAAUGGAAAUGUUGUACAAUUUGCAUUUUACCAUUCUCCAAAUAAAGAAGCACACGGAUCUCGAUCCCCUCUUCCUCCUAACAGAACAUCUCCAGUUGCUGUACCUGUACCAGGUCGUCUUCGACAACGAAAUGAAUCGUCUUCUUCUGGUGGUUCAUGGCAAAUGAUAUCUGGAACUGGAAGUUUACGCGGUUCGACAACUGCCAAUGCACCUAUUGCAGAUGCAUUAACUUCUUCUAACUUGGCUUGCAGAAAUUUGUGUGAAACUUUUGGACAUACAUCACAAGAAUCUAGUACAACUAUAAUAGAAGAUGAAGCAUGCUCGUCGUCACCAGUACAAACUCGCAAAGAUAGACUGCAGUGUUUAAGAACAAUAUUUUAUAGUGCUUAUAAACAUACUGGAUUCCGUAUGAAAGAUAAUUCUGAACCAGGAGGUUUAGGUCAAAUAAUCGGCAAUUUUGCAGAGAAAGUAGGAAUCCUUUGAUGUUCAACAUACAUCUUUGUGACUAAUAUGUCAUUAAUCAUCUUCCGCGAAUCAUCAGUUUUUCAUUAUUGACUUUUUUCUUUAACUCAGAAAAUUUUUCAAAUUAUUAAAGAAAAAUCAAAUGAAAUAUUUGUAUAUUAUUGUUUAUGUGGACAAUGUAUUGUUAUAUGAAGUACGGUGUGUAUACACGUAAUACAAAUAAAAGUUAAUAUUUUUUUAUGUA